AUGGCCAACUUCUUGCUAGAUCUGGGGACCGACAAGCAGCAUGCCUACGUUAGCGAAGAGCACACUACGUCAAGUGUUCCCUUCGAGUCAGCGGAAUUUGCAGAUCGCUUCGCGCAGUCGGAGAUUUUCCAGGAGACGCUGAGCUACAUGAGGCGUCAAGUACAACUCCGUUUGCGAGGUAAAGCAUUUAUGUUCGGUCGAGCUUUCAUGGUGAUCGUCAUGGGAUUGCUCUACGGUUCCGUGUUCUGGCAUAUGAACGACUCGAAUAGCCAGCUCAUCCUCGGGCUGCUCUUCUCGUGUACCAUGUUUCUCUCCAUGGACCAAGCCGCACAGCUACCAACCUUGAUGGGGGCUCCAAGUGUGUUUUACAAGCAACGGCGGGCUAACUUUUUCCGAUCGAUCGCAUACGUUAUGGCAUCAUCGCUGACGCAGAUCCCGUUCGCCGUACUGGAGACGCUGCUCUUUGGGUCAAGCGUUUACUGGAUGGGCGGCUACGUCGCACUGGUCGACCGCUUCAUUAACUUUCUGGUUACGCUCUUCCUGUGUCAAAUGUGGUUCACAGCCUAUUUCUUCUUCCUCUCAGCCGCUGCUCCGAGCAUCACGAUUGCUCAGCCCGUGGUGAUGGUUUCCAUUCUGUUUUUCGUGAUCAUUCGAUCACUCAGCGUGAACCAGUAUCUCGCGCCCAAGUUCGACGUCUGCGUCUACGGCGGCAUCAAUUACUGCACUCGCUUCGGGGCGACAUUUGAUAAAUAUAGUCUCAAGCUUUCCGGUCUUCCGACGGGCGAAUUCUGGGUUUUCCUGGGGUGGAUUUACUUCGCAGCGGGAUACAUCGUUCUCGUUUUCCUCGCGUAUCUGAUUCUCGAGUACAAGCGCUAUGAAAGCCCGGAGAACACAACAGCAGUGGUGAGCGACCUUGAAACUCAAACAAAAGCAAUCACCGCCGAGAGAGAAAGUGGAGUUAUAUCUGACGAAGCUGGAAUCACAAUUACCAGUUCGAAAGCGAAAGCUCCGCCCGUCACGCUGGCGUUUCAUGAGCUUUGGUACUCCGUGCCAAUGCCCGGCGGGAAGAAAGGGGAAGACAUCGACCUACUCCAAGGGGUGUCUGGAUAUGCCAAACCAGGAACCAUGACGGCUCUCAUGGGAUCGUCCGGUGCAGGCAAGACGACGUUGAUGGACGUUAUCGCUGGUAGGAAGACCGGAGGCAAAAUUCGGGGCAAGAUCGUGCUCAACGGGUAUCCUGCGAACGAUCUCGCCAUUCGUCGAUGCACGGGGUAUUGCGAGCAAAUGGACAUCCACUCGGAAUCGGCAACGAUUCGGGAGGCUCUCGUGUUCUCAGCCAUGUUGCGUCAGAACGCGAGCAUUCCGUUGAAGGAAAAAAUGGAGUCGGUGGACGAGUGUAUCAAUUUGCUGGAGCUGGGGCCCAUCGCUGACAAGAUCAUCCGCGGGUCAUCCACGGAGCAAAUGAAGCGUCUUACUAUCGGCGUGGAACUCGUUGCGCAGCCUAGUAUCAUCUUCAUGGACGAACCCACCAGUGGUCUGGACGCACGUUCGGCCAAGCUCAUCAUGAAUGGUGUGCGCAAGAUCGCCAACUCUGGAAGAACCAUUGUGUGUACCAUUCACCAGCCCAGUUCUGAAGUGUUUAGCUUCUUCGACUCGCUUCUGCUGCUUCGCCGAGGAGGUCGCAUGGUAUUCUUUGGGGAACUCGGUAAGGAAUCCAGCAACCUCAUCAACUACUUCGAGGCAGCUCCGGGUGUGAAGCCGAUCGAGCCUGGAUACAACCCGGCGACGUGGAUGUUGGAGUGCAUUGGGGCUGGUGUUGGCGGUGGGUCUGGCAACGGCAUGGAUUUUGCCGAGUAUUUCUCAACUAGUGAUCUCAAGACGCUGAUGGACAAGGAUCUGGAUAAAGAUGGCGUCCUUCGUCCGUCUUCGGAUCUACCCGAGCUGAAAUUCGGCAAGCAGUUUGCUUCUACCCCCAUGAUGCAGUUCGACAUGCUGUGUCGCCGAUUCUUCCACAUGUACUGGCGAACGCCGACGUACAACCUGACGCGCCUGAUGAUCAGCCACGGGAUCAGCACGACAUUUGGUGCAAGGGAGUGCUGUCUGAAGAACCACCGUGGGCACGUAGUUGCUGUCGCGGAGCGUCAAGGCAAGAUGCGGCAGUACGUGGAGAAUGGCUUCUACAUGAAGCACGGUGAGAUCCCGAGGAACGUCCUCAUCCUGUGCAGCCUUCCGCCUGCUCGCGCUACUCUCGCUGCGGACGAGGGUGCCAGAGCCUAUCAAGUGGGGGCCUUCUUCGUUGUCAGUCGGCGAACAGCGCACGAAUACACCGAGUGUUUCCGCAGCUUCGUGGAGCUUAUACCUGAAGUGCGUGGGGUCUUCGUCCAAGUGGACACAGCCAUGGGUGACGCGGAAGACGCCCAAUACAUCACAGUAGAGUCUGUUUCGGCGUUCACGGAUACUAAAAAGCUCAUGUGCUUCUUCCAUGUGUUGUACAAUGUGCGGAAGCGAAUCCAGCAUCUACCGAUCAAAACAAGAAGGAUGGUGAUGUCAUCUAUCGUUGACAUGCACUAUGCCACCGGUUUGCUGGACUUUGAGCUGUGCCGAGAUCGUGAGCUGCCGAAAUGGAAGGGGGCCACGCAUCUGAAAGAAUUCGCGACUUAUUUCGACUCGCAAUGGCUCAAGGGUCGCGGCGUCGACAUCACAUGCGACAGCUUCUUCUCAAACUUUGUGAUUUCACGUGUGACCGCCGUCAAAUUUACUGUCACCUUCUUAGCUCGCGACUUCGUUGCCUUUUUCGAGGUGGAGGCGGAACCCUUGCGCUUGAACGUCGGCGAGCGGAUGUUCGCCUUGUACCGCGAGCGUCUCAAAGCAAAGCGUGACGCUCUUGCUACCAAGGCUGCGGCGGGGACAACUCAACCAGAGAUUGUCCUCGAAAGUUCUUCUGUAGUCAACGACGCCGUUGACUUCGAGAACGACGACGUGGAGAUGGAAGAGGGUGAGGCCUCUUCUAGCAAGCGCAAGGAGUCUAUCGACAGCGAUAGUCUCGACCUGCAUGCCGGGUCGAGACGCCCUCGUGAAGGAGACGACUCGGACGCUUCGAGCUCGAAGCAUUCGCGCGGCGAGAGCGACACUCCGCUCUUUGCUGCUGGGGCUUUAAGCUCCCCGCAGAUCGCAGACCGUGUGGCCAACACUGUGCCUCCAAACGAAAUCCCGCUGUACGGAUGCAGCGGUAUCCACGACGAUGCUGUUGCGGAGGAGCAGCACUUUGAUCCUUUAACGAAUCAAAGGCGCGAUUAUUACAUCGGGCUCUUCCACGAUCUCCGAUACUUCUCCAGCAAGAAGACCUCUUCUCGCAGCAAAGUGCCUGAGUGGCAGGCACUUUGUCAAAGUUGGAAUGCUUUUGUUGAGAACUUCAACAAGAAGCCGGCUGCUUACCGUGAGCGGGUUAAGAAUGCCCGUGAGCGCUUCGAGACAUUCUCGACGCGCGGACGGCUGGAGCAGCUCCACAGAUCCUCUGUGGACGCUGGUAUUCCAUGCGCUGUGCCCGAAGGCCAACAGUGCACGUUGUGUCUUCCGGGUGCGGCGCGCUUGAGCGACCGCGACCUAAACGGGUACACGACGAUUCAUGUACCUGCGAGUCUCAAGGAUCUCCGUGCCAAGUUCUUGGCACCUGAGGAACGCGACGAUCGUGGGACCUCGGGCGCUGUAGGUGACCAUAGCGCUCGCACUACCUUCGCGUCGGCAGUGCGUGGUGAGCUUCGUACGCCCCCACCAUUUCCGAAACGUCCUGCAGCAGGACGUCCCGUGGCUCCCAUGUAUCUUGGUGGGGCGGAAACCCUCUCCAACGAAUACGAUAACGAACCGGCUGCCGGUUCGUUUUCGGGAUACUAUGGUUCACAAUACGCUCAACAAUCCAGCGUGUUGAGCCGCGGGCGUCGCGGAUCGGAGGCGGCGGUGGUGGGAACACGCCCCGGGUAUGGUCAACCUGGGGUUGACCAUGGCCCGACGCUCGAGGAGCGGGUCGCUGCUGUGGAGCAGCAUCAGAGCCAGGAGUUCGCCGCUCUGAAGCAGGAGGUGGCGAUCCUGAGGGCUCAAGUCGCUCAGGCCUCGCAGACCGCGUAG